AUGGUUAAUAAUGUGGAAACUGGCUGUAAAACUGAAGAUGGUGCAACUGGUUCUGAAAGGCGGACACUGCUGCCUCCGGACCGCUGUCAAAGCAAGAAUAUCACCGUGAAGCAGGCUGAAAGAAAAGCUCUAAAGGGAAAGCUAAGACAUUUUGAUGAGGACGAUGUUUCUUUCUGCUGUAAGACACUGGUUCAGAAGUCCUGCUUUAUUUCUCAGGAGGGAAUCCUAACCUCUCCUUUCAUGUGGAGAUGGACAGGGAUGGCAGGAGCAUUGAGUGCUCUUGGCAACACCAUUGAAGAUGAUGCUGACGAUCAGCUACCCUGUGGAGAAGGCAGGCCAGGCUGGGUGAGAGGGGAGCUCCUGGGAAGUCAGGGGGUCUGUAAGGACAGCAAGGAUCUCUUUGUCCCAACUUCCAGCAGCCUUUGUGGGUGCUUCUGUGUUGGCCUUGUUUCUGGGAUGGCCAUCUCAGUGCUGUUGCUCGCUAGCAAUUUCAGAAAACUAGAUUUGUCUAGGCCUGAGCCCUGUUUUGAGAAAGAAGCUUCCCUCUGGUUUGUAGCCCAACAUUAA